AUGGAGACACCAACGAUGUCGCUCUCUACGGAGACAGUGGUCAUGCAGACGCUUGCUGUCAGCUCCAUCAUGGCCCUUACUCCUCCUCUAGUCUUGCACUGGAAGAACAGAAACUUCCCGGCCGCCAUCAUGAUGGCGUGGUUCAUCGUCCUGAAUAUCUUCAGUGUCGCCAAUGCUUUCAUCUGGCCAACCGACGAUUUCGCCAACUGGUGGGACGGUGCAGGUCUUUGUGACAUUGAGGUGAAGAUGAUGAUUGCCUCAUAUAUUGCAAUUCCGGGCAGUCUGCCGGGCCACUCUUGUCCCGAGCAAGCGUCAACGUUGGAUAAGCCGUUUCAUGGAAGUCUUGUUCUGCAUCAUAGUUCCCCUGUUUGCGGCAGCGAUGCACUUCAUCUACCAAGGCAACCGCUAUUUUAUCUUUGGCGUCUCCGGAUGCACUACCAGUCUCGAUCAAAGUUGGGUGAGCCUCGCACUGGGCUAUAUAUGGCCGCUUGUGGCCUCGUCCUAUUUCGACUCAAGCGAUACCGGAACCGAUUCAACGAGAUCAUCCGCGCCGCUGAUUCAGGAACCAACAAGUCACGCUUCCUCCGUCUGUUCUUCCUCGCCUUUGUCAUGCUUGUAGCCCUUGUUCCACUCCAGGCAUACGUAGUAUAUGUCCAGAUCAAGCUGAGCCUGCCGUGGCACGCCUUCUCAUGGUCGCUCAUCCACGGGCCUGGGUCUUCAGCUGGUGUGAUACAGAUGGUACCAGGCGGUGGUAAGGUCUACUUCGACAGAUGGAUCCCCAUCACAGCAGGCUACGUUGCAUUCAUUUUCUUUGGGACUGGUCGAGAUGCAUCGCGGAUGUAUCGCUCGCUGCUCCGACCCUUCGGUCUGGAUUGCUGCUUCAGUCCUACAGAGACUACAUCAUCCGGGAGCUCCCGGCCUACAGCAGGGUCUGGUGGAAGUCGAGCGCACCUCGUACCUAAGAGGAGCCAAGCACAAGACGACCUCUACCAUUCCGCUCGGACAAACUCAACCGACUGCACCUUCAGCUCCGAAACCAGCUACAAAGAAAAAGACCUUGAAAAAGGCACCUCUGUCUCUCGUGUCAUUGAGGCCCCGGGAGCCCCCAGGGAAGAAGGGCUCAAGACCCAUUUCGCCUGGUUCAGGAACCCAUUCUCGCGCUCGGCUUCUGCCGACAAGAUGCGCUCGCGCUCCACGCCAAACCUCGCGGUUCCUACAAACUCCAACACCGUCUGCUCGAACGCCUGGGCUGGAACUAGUCAGAGCCGCGGAAGCAUUGACCUCGUCGACCUCACCGGGUCCAUCUCCCCGCGAACAGACUUUAUCAGAGUCAAGCAGGUUAUUAGGCAGGAAGAAUUGCAGGUGUAG